CAGUGUCGAUACUACAUAUCUGGGUCAGUUUGUGUCAGCAAGCUACUCACUACCACACCUGUGGUAGGUAUCCUGCAACGCGACUGGAACGCAGUACCAUCUUGCAAACAUGGCUCGGAUAUGCGACCAUGGCAUUCACUGUGCCACCCAGACUGCAAGAGAUCCAAUCCGCCCGACAUCUCAAUCCAGAUCCCAGCAACGUACAUCAUGUCUUCAGACGCGUUCCCAGGCUUAAAGAGCACCUCUCAGUCGUCGCAAGCUCGACAUCGGGCCCAGUCGACAUACCUUCUCGUAUCGGCGGUUCGGGGCCUCCACUUCUGCUUCUGGGCGGCUGCCCGCAGACCCAUCGAGUGUGGCGCCGUUCAGCCCCCGCGCUGGCCGAGCAUUUUACUGUGAUCGCUGCCGAUAUCUGCGGCUAGUCCUAAGGAGUAGGCUGAAGACUGAGAUAGAUGCUAUGUUUCAAUGCAAUGGCUCGUUUGAACCCUGGAUGUUGACGUCUGUGGAAGGCGUUUAGAAAGACAGAAGCGCUGUUACCCGCGUCG